AUGGAUUUUCGUGAUAUUGUAGCCGCUCGUGGCUUCGCGACCUACAGCUUGCGUCAUCCUCGAGAGGCACUGUCAAGCUUUGGCCCAACCCUGAAUGAGGCCACCUUCGGCUAUUUAGGGACAUCGUUUCAGCCAGAUCGCGACAUUCGCGACCUAGACGGAAAGGUCGUCCUUGUGACAGGAGGCAAUGCCGGCCUAGGCAAAGAGACCAUCCUCCAACUCGCCAAGCACCGCCCGUCGCGCAUCUACAUGGGCGCCCGCACCGAGAGCAAAGCGCGCGAGGCAAUUGAAUCCCUACAAAGCCAGCUCUCCUCCCCCGCCGAUAUCCGUUUUCUUCCUCUCGACCUCUCUUCUUUCAAAUCCAUCCGCGCUGCCGCAGACAAGUUUCAGGCCGAUAACGAUCGGCUGGAUAUCCUGAUCCUAAAUGCGGGUACGAUGGGCAACCCGCCCACCACGACGGAGGAGGGCUUCGAGGUCCAGCUCGGCACGAACCAUAUUGGACACUUUCUGUUCACAAAACUGCUUCUGCCUACCCUGCAGAAGACCGCUGAUCUUCAGCGCGCCAAGGAUGAGGUUCCCGAUGUGCGGGUCGUGACUGUCGCUUCGGCAGCUCACUGUGUUGGCCCCUCCACCUUUGAGGAAAUUACAUCUACACCUGGCUUGUUGGCUGCCAGUACCUGGACGCGCUACGGCGCUUCCAAGUCGGCUAACAUCCUCUUUGCAUCCGAGCUAGCCCGUCGGUAUCCUGAUAUCUUAUCUGUUUCUGUACACCCCGGUGCGGUUGACAGCGGGCUCUAUGGACAUACCAAAGGUCUCAAUUCAGUGAUGAAGUACGGCAUCACUACUGCUGGCUCCAUGAUCUUCCGGAAUAUCGCUAGUGGGGCCCUCAAUUCUCUUUGGGCGGCUGGCACGCAAAGGGAAAACCUUAUCAAUGGAGCUUACUACACUCCCGUUGGGUACCGCAGCGGUGGCACUGCGACUGUGCAGAACGCACAAUUGGCGCACAAGCUCUGGGAUUGGACCGACAGCCAAUUCGUCAUCAGCGAGCUUCUCAACGCCGGACACAAAAUCCUGAACCUGGACCUAAUACACAUGGAACACCCAGCCGUACACACUCUAAAAACCGACCUCGCCGACAGCGGCCAAGUCUUCAACGCCCUCUCCGGCCAAUGGACCCUCACCGAGCCCUUCCCGGAAGGUCUCCCGCCACGCCCAGAUGCCGUAGUCCACCUCGCAGGAUACGCACGCAAUAUGCUCGUGCCAGACAACGAGACCUUCCGCUCGAACACGCAGGGCACAUACAACGUCAUCGAGGCAGCUUGCAAACUAGGGGUCCGCAAGAUCAUCAUCGCCAGUAGCAUAACAGUGUACGGGGUAUCGUUUGCACAGGGCGAUGCCAACUUCCCCUCAUUCCCAAUCCACGAAGAUCUGGACAUCAACCCGACGGAUACGUACGCGAUCGCGAAACUGUGCAACGAGCGCAUCGCACGCAGUUUUGCGUCGCGUUUCGACGCGGAUAUCUACAGUUUGCGUAUUGGGCGCCUGAUCGAGCCCCAUGAGUACAAUGACGAUAUCUUCUACAGCUAUGUGCAUGAGCCGGCGCUGUGGAAGGUGCAUGGGUGGUCGUAUAUUGAUGCGCGGGAUUUGGGUGGGAUGUGUGAGGCGGCGUUGCGGACUAGUGGGCUUGGGUUUCAGGUCUUCAAUGCUACCAAUGAUCAUAUUACCAAUCUUACUCCCACGAAGGACUUUUUGAGGUCGCAGUUCCCGGAUAUACCUAUCACGCGCGAGAUGGGGGAGUUUGAGGCGCCGUUUUCGAAUGCGAAGAUUAAACACCUUCUUGGGUUUCAGGAGAAACAUCAUUGGCACAAUUAUUUUAGUAACUGGGAGAAGAAGGAGAUUGAGAUGGAGGAGAGGAAGAAGCGAUCACCCCUCCCGACUUCAUCAUGGAUCAAGCAAAGUUGGCUAGAAUGCAGGCGAGCGUUCGCAUCGAUAUCACAUGGCGAAGAGAAUCCGGGUACUCCCCGCCGCAAGGUCAAGAAGGUUGUCCGCAACUCCGGCGCCGAUGACAAGAAGCUCCAGGCCGCUCUCAAGAAGCUGAACGUCCAGCCCAUCCAGGGCAUUGAGGAGGUUAACAUGUUCAAGGAGGAUGGCAACGUCAUCCACUUCGCCAACCCCCGUGUUCACGGCGCUGUUCCCUCUAACACCUUCGCCUUGUACGGCAACGGCGAGGAGAAGGAGCUCACCGAGCUCGUCCCCAACAUCCUCAACCAGCUCGGCCCCGACUCCCUCGCUUCCCUCCGCAAGCUCGCUGAGAGCUACCAGAACAUGCAGAAGCAGCAGGGUGAUAAGAAGGACGACGAGGAGGAUGAUAUCCCCGAACUCGUCGAGGGCGAGAACUUCGAGACCAAGGAAUAA